AUGGCCAUAUGGAUCUUUCUGUGGCUGGGCUUGGCCACCGCCUCAAUCACCGUCCAGGUCUCAAAUGUCGAACCACUCCCGUUGAGGAACGAGGGCAUCGCCACAUCGGCAGAGGAUCUAUUUCGGAAGAGUUGUCCUGAGGAGGUCGCGUCGGAGAACCCGUAUGUAUCGCAUCUCUUGGCGUCAUCUUUCGACGAUGAGGCCUUUUCCAAGGGCCAUGUAUUUCCCUCGUCGGAUGGGCUUGUUAGGGGUGCGAUAGAGGCGUGGGCGCAGCAUCAGCAUCUUGUUCUGAGGCCGGAUGAGGUCUGGUUUGAGGUCCUCGCCCAGAUGAACAUCUUCAUGAGCAGGCAUGGGGAGAGUUUGAGGGGGCUGUUUGUUGAGCAUGCUGCGAAGGAGACGAUUGUCGUGGAGGGUUUUGGGUGGGAGGAUGUUGUCGGGGCGUUCGGGGGAGAGAUCCAGAAGCGUGUGAAGACGGAGUGGUUGUUGGAUUGGAUCAUGCCGGGCUUUAGCACGUCGACCGAGAAAGAUGAAGUCACAGCUACGGUUCUCAUGAUGGGUCUGAUGCAGCAUUUCUUCGAGUACGAGGGUAUGUUGGUGUGUGGGAUCCCAAGCGUCACGCUGCUCGGCGAACGAGAGGACUGGGUCAAGCUGAUGGAGAAGCUGGACUAUCUGAAGGAGUUUGGGGAGGAACCAGCCCAAUUUGCGGUCAAGUUACGGCCCAUCAUGAAGAGGUUUGUGCAGACGUGGGAUGAGCCAAAGAACGAGGAGGUGAAGGUGUUUUGGCAGCAGAUUGUCCGGACGAGCAAGCAGUGGUCUUGCGGCGAGGGGGCGAAUGAGUGGAGGGUUUCGGGGUGGAUUACGGGGUUUUUGCAUUGGGAUAGGGAUGGGAGGGUUAGGGGGGUUGAGGAUGACUAUGCUGAUGAUGAUGAGGAGGAGGAGGAGGGAAAGAAAGAAGUGGAAGACACAGAGGUGAAAGAGAAAGAUGCCGAAGUGAUACAGAUGGGUGUUGUGUCCAACGACUGGACUGUCACUAUCGAUGGAGUCGGAUACAUCCCUGAGUCUUUGGAUAGCAUGACCAUUGGAUAUGCCAAAGCACCACUCAAGAUGACCAACUAUCCACAUCCGGGAGUUGACACGCAGGCAUAUCUCCUCGCUGGAAACGUUGGCGUUGAGAGACACGACGUAGGUGGAAAGAUCACAGCACAGCCAGUCAGCGGAUGGUUCAUCUACGCACCAGUCGACACGAAUCACACGGUUGGUCCAUGGAUGGGGAACAUGGGUGAAUUGAUGGAUAUAGCUGUUGGUGUUGAGAGUUGUGUGGGAACCGCCAAGAAGGAAGACGAAGUGAAUGAUCUUUAA